UUGCACUUCGCCUUAACAUCUGCCUCAAGUCGUGCUCUGAAACUUUGAAAUCAAGUGCAAAGUGAAACGCCCCACUGGGUGGUGCAAUCAAUAAUAUAAAAUAAUAAUAUUAAUCGCGGUAAUUCCAAAUCAUCGAUUGCCAAACAAUCCAAACGGAAGUGAUGAAAUAAUUCUGAUUUGUUAGAAAAGUGCGAAGUAAACCUUUGUUAUUUUGUUGGACUCGGCUUGCGGAAAAACCAUUGGAAAAGCUGCUGACUUAGCUCUUUGAUUUUCACUUAAAUGUUUGUUUUCAUAGCUUUUCCAGUUUCCUCGCUCUCAGCCGUUCUCUUUGCGUGAGUUUACUUGUGUAUGUGUUUCGAGUUGGUUUAGAUUUUCGCGACACCGAUUGACUUGCCGCACCGACUUCGAAUCUCAGCAGCAAAUUGGCGCCGCCGACGAAUCUUGAGCCCUACACCAUGGCUGUCAUCACGGAACAUGGCGGCACCACCUCUCCCCCGGAAAACAACAACAGCAUCGGCAACGGAAAACUCCGGGUCAACGGCCACCAGCUGAGCACCUCGCUGACCAUACCGGAGUUCUUUGCCCACAAGAACAUCUUCGUCACCGGUGGCACCGGAUUUCUGGGCACCGUUCUCAUCGAGGCUCUGCUGGACACACAUCCCGACAUUGGAACCAUCUACGUGUUGGUCCGGGGCAAGCGCAAGUUCGAUCCGAACGAGCGGAUCCGUCGACUGCUCCAGAAGCCGAUUUUCGAGAAGUACUCGGAGAAGACUCUAUCGAAGGUCGUCCCAGUAGUUGGCGAACUGAGCGAACCGAACUUCGGCUUUGACCCCGAACUCCUGCAGGAGCUGAUCGAGCGGGUCAAUGUGAUCUACCACAGUGCGGCCACCAUCAAGUUCAGCUCCCCGCUGCGCACCGCCAUUCGCACCAAUCUCACGGGAACGAUGCGCACCAUUGAGCUGGCCAAGCAAUUGAAGCAACUGGCCGCCUACAUCUAUUGCUCCACGGCCUUCUGCAAUAGCAACAAUCGUGGUCUGAUUGCCGAGGAGGUGUACAAGUCACAGUUCGACCCGUACGAGAUGAUGAAGAUGGCCGAAGACGACGCCGCCUGGGAGGACUUCACCGAUCAGAAGUGCAAGGGCUAUAUCCGGGAUCAUCCCAAUACGUAUACGUUCACCAAGAAUCUGUCGGAGAAUCUGCUGAUGGCCGAAAUGUCCGGACUGCCAGCAGCCAUAGUUAGGCCAUCGAUUGUUUAUGGAACCUUGGAGCACCCGAUGAAGGGUUGGGUGGGCAAUGCAAACUCUGGUCACCUGGGCUUUCUGGCCGGCUUCGUGAAGGGAAUUUUCCGCACCAUGUGCGGGAAUGCUAGUGCUGUGAUCGACAUCAUACCAUGCGACUAUGUGAUCAACUCAUCACUGGUUAUGGGCUGGUAUGUGGGCACCCGGAAGCUGGAGCAGCCGGAGAUCAUCCAUUGCACCUCGGGAGAGGUUAAUCCUCUGAAUCUCGCCGAGUUCUGCACGAUCAUCAACGACAGUGUGGAGCGGCAUCCACCAAAUAGUUUUGUUUGGAAACCGGUGACAAAGUUGCGCAACGGAUGGCGUUACAAUCUGUUCUUCUAUCUGUUUCAUUUGCUGCCAGCGAUGGUCUUCAUCAUACCAGAGAAGCUAUUCGGAAUCGGAAUGCCCCAGCACACAGCCUACGAGUACAUGCGGGUGUUCCAAAAAGGAACCAAGGCCUUUGACUACUUCCUGGACAAGGACUUCCGCUACUCCUUGAAGAAUGCGCUGCGUAUAUCAGCAUUAAUACCGGAGAGCGAUCGGAGGCGCUAUAACUUCGAUGCCAGUCAGUGCGAUUGGUCGGAGUUCAUCGAUCGGUGUCUGAUCGGAAUCCGGCGUUUCUACUUCAAGGAGUCGGCAGUGACCACGGAGUGGCAUCGCAACUACUGGAAGGUCUUUAACUUCCUGUACUACGCGGGCUUUGUGGUCAUCUUUGCCGUCCUGUACUUUGCCCUCACUUUAACGCUGGGCCUGCAGAUCGGUCUUACGUUGGCGGUCCUGAUCUGGGGAUUCCUGGUUUGGUUGUAGCCUGUUUUCUGGAUCGCAGACCGUGGGAUUGUGCAAUAUUCCCGCCUCAAGUCCGGUCCUACCACACAUGGUUGUUCGUUUCCAUCCGUAGUUUGUUCUAGUAGGGUAUCGUGUAUUUUACUUUUAAGUCCUUUCACACAAGCCAAGUACAAGUCAGCGAAAUGUAUCAUAUGAAUUAACAAUCGAAGCAACACUAGACACGAAUCUAUUCACACAGCAAUGCAAAAGUAACCCAAAACUUAGUCACUUUAAAUAAACACGUAAUGUAAAAGUAAUGACAAUUUUAGAUUGUUGUAAUAAUCAACCGGUUUAUAGUCAAAUAGUCGAAGAAUACGAGAACUAAACAUUAAUUGAUUAAAUAUGUAACUAUUAUUCAAAUAAAUAUGAUUUUUAUAUUAAGGAAA